AAAUUAUUCAGCUCAACAAAACUGUUAGUUUUGUGCAAAAUGUACGCAAGGUGUAUCGCCUUUUUGGUCACUUUCUCCGCCGCUUGCGCGAUAUACCCGUACUUCGACACGCAAGACUUUAUUUAUAACGUGCCUAAAGUUUAUAGAAUUUGCAUAACACUGGACAAACUGCUGGAGUAUUAUGAACAGAAGCCGUCGAAAGAUCCCGAGUGGUAUAUAGCUCUCGGCAUGGCACGAGGGCAACUGGAGUACACUAUAAAUGAGCUAGACAAGUCAGUGCCGGCGAAGCUGAAGCAAAACCUGCAGAACAUCACCAGCAGGAUGGAUCGCAUACGCAACAACACCAAAUACGAUAAAUUGGUAUAUCGGAGCAAAGAUUAUGAAUAUGUAGCAAAAGCGAUGUUAGAAAACUUAGAAGUGUUGUCGUCGGUCCUGGAGCCGUUGACCCUGGGAACCCUCGGCACUCAGAAACCGUACCGGUUCAACUUCGAGCAGUACGUGCAAGAAGCGCGCACUAAGAUGCCGAGCAGGAAGGCUGCUGAUGCAUGCACGAUGCAAUUGCUGAUAUCUGCCAUGGAGACACAGACCACGCAAUCCGACGGCUCCUGCGAGAUGACUCCAGAGUGCUCUCAGCAACUCCUAAAAGGUUCAGGGUUGGCCUUCCAGCAGAUUAGCAGGAUUCGCGCAGCUGUAUUGGCUACUGCGUUUGAUUGUAUGGAAGGCUUGGACAUUAAUGCGCAUAUAUACAAACUGUGCAUCCAGAUUUAUAAGGAGUCGAAGUCGUUGGAAGCGUGGGAGCAUCCACCAGGGACGAGGACUUUGUUUAUGCAACAGAUUGCGUACUGCGCAUCGCAAGGGUAUGGUGAAUUUAUAAAGCCUCGGUGGAUGAACAAGAUCCUAUCCUGGCAGGAACCUAAAGGAUGCUAUGCAGAUGAUCGCCAACCGUUCCUUAAGCUCACCGGUUUUGUGGGGCCGGCAUCUUCACCACCGUCUAAGGAGAGAGAGGAGGAGUAUCGUGUGAAGAAAGCUGCGAUUUCGGAGGGUGGUUCCUGCAACUCUUUGACCUCAGCCAUGGCUCUGGGGUCCCUAGUGUUGUACGUGCGGGCGCUGUUAGAGACAGACCUUGCUUUUCAAUAUGACGUGUUAACGUAAAUUGAUGAUGAAUUAUA